ACGAGAACUGGGCUUCUAUGGAGACGAUGGAGACUUCCGUAUUCUUUUGAUUGGUUCUGUGUCUCGUUAUACUACUUUAUGGUUUUGAUAAUUAUCGUAUACGACUGGAUUGAUGUUUGACAUAAAUGGAUAAACUUUGUGUAUUUUAUUUUACUUGUUAUAUAUUUUUUAUCAUUAAUCAAGCAAGUAGUUUUCACCGAAAUUUUAAACAUUAUGAAACUAUUCAUACUUCCCAGUUACAACACAGAGUUGUAAAACGAGGAACCCAACAUAGUUAUCAUCCAUAUAAUAAAAUUAGUGAACUCGAAUUUACUGCUCAUGGAAGAAAUUUCCGAUUAAUUUUAUCACCUAGGAGAGAAGUUAUUCAUUCAAAAUUUAAAGCAUACGAAGUUAAUGGAGAUGGAGAAGAGACAACUAUUCAUUUAGAUCAUGAUAAUUUUUAUCAUGGCCGUGUUUUUGGAGAGGUGGAAUCACAUGCCCAAAUUCAUAUUGAUAAUGGCGUAAUUACAGGAAGCAUUACCAUUCCAAAUGAAACUUUUCACAUCGAGCCAUCUUGGAGACAUCUUUCUCACACUAAUAAUGAAACGAUGAUAAUUUACAAAUCUUCAGAUGUAAAACUUAGUUGGGAACAUUUUAAAGAUGGAGAAAGCCAUAUACAUGGAGCCCCAAAAACAUGUGGAUAUGUAAAAGAAAAUCCUGAUCCAUUUCUUACAGAAGAUGAUCAGAAUGAUGAAACAUUUUUUAAAAUCGAUGUACACAACAGGACAAAAAGGCAAACAGAGACUUAUGAGUAUACUCCAACAAAAACCCGCUGCCCAUUGUUACUGGUAGCAGAUUAUCGUUUUUAUCAAGAAAUGGGUGCCAGCAGUACUAAAACAACUAUUAAUUAUUUGAUAAGCUUAAUAGACAGAGUACAUAAGAUUUACAAUGACACAUUAUGGCAAGAACGUCAGGAACAAGAUGGGUUUAAAGGGAUGGGUUUUGUAAUUAAAAAAAUUGUUGUACACAGUGAACCAACUCGUGUACGUGGUGGGGACACUCACUAUAACAUGGUUCGUGAAAAAUGGGAUGUUCGCACCUUACUUGAGGUUUUCAGUCGAGAGUAUAGCCACAAAGAUUUUUGCUUGGCUCAUUUAUUUACCGAUUUAAAAUUUGAAGGUGGAAUUUUAGGACUCGCGUAUGUUGGUUCCCCACGAAGAAAUUCAGUGGGUGGUAUUUGUACUCCAGAAUAUUUUAAAAACGGCUAUACUUUGUAUCUUAAUUCUGGACUGAGUUCCAGUAGGAAUCAUUAUGGCCAAAGGGUAAUUACUCGUGAAGCAGACUUAGUUACUGCUCAUGAAUUUGGCCAUAAUUGGGGUUCUGAGCACGAUCCUGAUAUUACAGAUUGCAGUCCAAGUGCAAGUCAAGGAGGUUCUUAUUUGAUGUAUACUUACAGUGUCAGUGGCUAUGAUGUCAACAAUAAGCGAUUUUCACCAUGUAGUCUGCGAUCUAUCAAAAAAGUACUUCAAGCCAAAUCAGGCCGUUGUUUCUCAGAACCAGAAGAGUCAUUUUGUGGUAAUUUAAGAGUUGAAGGAGAUGAAGAGUGUGAUGCUGGUCUACUAGGAACGGAAGACAAUGAUGCUUGCUGUGAUAAGAAUUGUAAACUUCGUCGAAGCCAAGGAGCUGUUUGCAGUGAUAAAAAUUCACCUUGCUGCCAAAACUGUGUGUACAUGCGACUUGGCGUAAAAUGUCGGGAUGCCCAAUACGCAACUUGCGAGCAAGAAUCUCAAUGCACUGGAGCUUCUAGUGAGUGUCCUAGAUCUCCUCCAAUGAAAGAUGGUACUGGUUGCCUUGAACGUGGUCAAUGUAGACUUGGAAAAUGUGUCCCAUAUUGUGAAACGCAAGGGUUACAAAGUUGUAUGUGCGAUACAAUUGGUGAUGCUUGCAAAAGAUGUUGCCGAAUGAGCCUCAACGAGACUUGCUUUCCUAUUGACCCUCAAGAUAUUUUACCUGAUGGAACACCAUGCAUCCAAGGCUUCUGCAAUAAAGGAAUUUGUGAAAAAACCAUUCAAGAUGUUGUGGAGCGAUUUUGGGAUAUAAUUGAAGAUAUCAAUAUCAACAAAGUUAUGCGGUUUUUAAAAGAUAAUAUCGUCGGAGCGGUAAUUAUUAGUACUGCUUUGGUUUGGAUUCCAACAAGUUGUGUUGUAAGUUAUAUUGACAGUAGAAAAGUGAAAGAUAGUGAAAAGAAAUGGCGGUGGAAUCAUUCUGAUGAACUUAUACAUCCGGAUGAACAAAGACAAAUUAUUUACAUAGGUGUUCCUCGCCACAGAUUACAACAGACUUCCCAGUGAAUUUUUUACAACUGAACCAAAAAUGUUUAUUUAUAUAAUUAGAUAUUUACGUCAAACACUAGUCUCUUAAUACUCAACAGUUUAGUAAGUGAUAUAGAAUAUGUUAACAUCGUUUUUGUUCAUUCAAUCAUAGUCAUACACGUUAUUUAAUGAUAAUUUUGUGACUGUUAAAUAACAUUCCAUUAACUUAAUGUAUUUUGUACAUGUUUUAUAUGAUUUGCUAGUCAGAUGUAUAAUUUUAUUCCAUUAGAAUGCUGUACAUGUUUUAAAAAAAAUUAUUAAAAAUGUUUAUUCAUUUCUGUCCGGCUAGCACAGUUAUGGAUUAUUUAUUAAAAAUAGUCCAUAUUCAUAAAUUAUGAUUCUAUGGAUAUACAUGUUUGAAACUGCUGUUAUAUAGGCACCCUCUACGCGAAUUUCGAAUAGUCAUAACCCAGUAACCCGAAUGAUAGCCAUGGAAUUCCGCAAAUUAGCACGCGAAUUAGCAUGCGAAACGACGUCCUGAGUCCGCCUAACAGAAAUCGCGCCACCAACCCAAGUAGACCAGG